AUGAUGGCAUACGACGGCGACACCAGCAACACACUUCAACGCGUUACAUCGCUCACUGCUGCCCAGGCAAAGGCCACGAAGUGGAUGUGUGCUCUCCUUUUGUCAAAGGCCGAGAUGGACGGUGCCCUGGAGCCCGAUUUGAUGCUGGUCACCUCGCGGUUGAGUGCACUGGAAAAGGGUUCAGCAUGGCGAACUGCUGCGAAAACAUUCGGAGUCCUUCAGACAAACACUGGGCUGCGGCCAGGAGUUUUUGCACUCAACUCCGUACUGAGUGCCUUCGCCAAUGCCGCUGCAUGGACUCGCGCUCUUGGUCUCAUAGCCACAUGGCGAGAUCGCGCGGAUCUCGUCAGUUGCAACGCAGUCCUGACUGCUUUGAGCAGGUGCUCGCGAUGGGCAGUCCUGAGCAGGGAGAGCUGGCAGCAUCACCAUCUGGGAGCCGUGCAAACCUCCUUGGACGGCUUGCUUCGCUGCAACAACGUGGCUGCAGCAGCAUGUGGCAAAGGAGGCCGCUGGGAGACGACGCUAUUCAUCAUCUCAACACUGGGCAGGCAGGCUGUCAAGGCCGAUGCAGUCUCUUUGAGGACGGCUGUCAGUGCAUUUGAGCGAGGCAUGUGUUGGAGCCGGGCAGUCAGCACAAUACGGUCUCAGACGAUCGGAGUGGCAGGAAUCAACUCUGCGAUUUCAGCAUGCAGGAAUGCAAAGGCAUGGAAGGACUCACUGCAGCUAAUCAACGAGAUCUGGCAUUGUAACCUGCGCCCCACGCUGGUGUCGUGGGGCGCAGUGGCUGGAGCUUGCCAUGGAAUCUGGGCUACCUGCUUCGGCCUGCUGCGGCAAGGGGGAGCUUCCGACGUGUCGGUGGGAACCGCAUCCGAGGCAUGUUCAGCUGGUGGAGCGUGGACGCUGGCACUCGCACUGCUCGCAGAGGGCCGGAUGCUUUCGCUGCAGUUGGACGCCAUGACCUGGGAUGGCUUGCUCUCAGCUUUCUCCGUGCGCAGCCUCUGGGGCCAGGCACUCGCGGUGCUGGAGCCGAAGAGCGCUUCUGGGCUGAGCAUCGUGGCCUUGGAAGCUGCCGUGUCGGCGCUCGCAUCAGCGCCGGGACCGACGGGCCAGGGAGUCAAAGCGAUGCCGAAGGCUCUGUCCCUGGCCCGAGCGGAGGCGAAGCGAAGCCUGCGAAGCCUGCGCAGCCGAAGCCGGCCUGCCGCGACGUCAUCCAGGGUCUCAGUUCCUGAGACAUCGACGCUCUCGAGGCACCGAAGAAUCUGCAGCAUUAUUGGGUCGCAAGCCCUUGAGUUCCAGUUCGCGUCCAUUUCUUCAGGUUCUUUUUUUUGGCUAAAAGUUCUCGGUCUCGGACAUGUGCAGGAAACUAAUCAGUGCACAGCAUCUUCUGCAGUGAUGGUAUCAGAAGCAUCAGGGAGGGAGCAAUGA